UGCCCUAAAAUAGAUAAAACAAUAUUUUAUUGCAGUUAAACAUCAAAAAUGGAGGACCGAUGCAGACUAGUCUCUAUUGAAUCUUCGGCACCCACUGUCAUGGAGUGUGCCAUGAAUACAGCAGCACCUAUACCUGAUGUACCAAUUUUUGGUGCAAGAAUCCGCGUGGUGUUCGCAGGAGCUUGUUAUAGCACUGUUAUGACCCGCCCAGGAGCAGCGGAGCAGGCUCAGGAGGAAAACAUUCCAAGAGCCCGUGCGGGAAGUCUUGAAUUUCUAAUGCAAAAUAUGACAAUAAGCAGGCCAACACCAGCUCACAUGGGAUUACGUGACGGGUCAUUGUUUCCGGGAUAUGAAGUUGCUGGCAUAGUAGACGCCAUAGGAUUGGCCGUCGAAGAUACAAAUGGCAUUAGUGAAGGUUCAAGAGUAGUUGUAUUUCCAACCGAGGAUGUGCCACAUGGUUACGCUGACUUCAUAUCCAUCGAAGACAUUAAUACACUUGUACCAGUUCCUGAUGAACUGUCUUUGUGCGUCGCCUGUACCUUACCAUCAGGGGGAUUGCUCGCUGUAAAUGCUGCGUCGAUUGCUAAUAAUUGGUUGAAAAACAUGUUUGAAGGUGCAAAUCCUAAAGAGAAGGCGACCGUAAUGAUCGUUGGCACCGGUGGGCUUUCACUUUGGGCGCUAUGGGUCGCCUCAACUUAUUUCAAGCAAGGAGAAUAUGAAAAAAAUAUUGUGCUAUCUGUAGCUACUCUGAGGCGUGAUGAAUUCGUGUUUUGUCAGGAAUGGGAUGAUGAAAUUAAGGUGGUUGAGUGGAACGAACGCUUAUAUGAGACUCAACUGGUUGAAAGUACUACCAAGGCUUUUGAUGGACCGCUCGACGUAAUUAUGAACUUCGGCACUACAUCUCGGGCACUGCUCAGAUGUCUGCAAUGCCUCGCACCGGGUGGAGUGGUCAUAAUCACUGAGGAGGUAGGCAGAAGAUUGCUGCCUGAGUUUGCCAGCAAAGCUGAAGAACUCAAUGUUCACAUUGAGAUGAUACCGAAGGGUAGCAUUGAACAGCUACGGGAGCUUUUGGACGCAGUGGCGUGUGGCGACAUCGUAUCGCCACCAUACAGCUUAUUUAAAGCUGAUGAAGCUAUUAAAACUGUAAGCAGACUCUGCUACUCUGACAUCGUCGGUCGCGCCGUGUUGGAGUUUGACGACCACUAUGCUUAAAUAUUUGUGUCACAAUUCUUACCAUUUAUUCAACAUAGAAUUGUACACAGCAUUCAUCUCUGAAACUUAUUCAAGGUUGAUAUUGUAGUGUUCAUCGAUAUUUAUUCAAUUUCAUUAGACGUCGUAAUGACGGUUUAUAGUAUAAGUUCAAUAUGUACUCGCGCCAGGUUCCUUAUAUGUUGGACAUGAUAUAACUGGCGCACGACUUCUAUUCUAAUAUCUUUCGCUUGAUACUCGUCACCUAAUAGAGGUAACGCUGCAACGUUUCCCAGAUCUCCUCCUGAGUAGCGAUCGGCCCUUAUGGCCGAUAUCUGAUAGAGCGCCCACCAACUCGAUUUUGCCUUCAACACGAUUACUUCAAUAUUACACCUGAUUUGUGAGUCGUGUUUAGGCAGUUAGAGCAGGUAAUACAUGGUAACAACGAUAAAUGUAUUAAGAUUCGAGGAUGGAGAUCUCUCAGUAUAGAAUGUAAGUGAUGAUCUCAGUAUACCAAUAAACUUAGAUGUUAAUUUAAAAUUAUAUAGUCAAAAUAGAAUGUAAGUAUCUUUCAAUGAUCUCUGCAUUUAGAAUGGUUUUAAAGAAAUUUAAACCAUGAAUAAAUGUAUUACGUACUGCUUGUAGUUUACUAUUAUUUAAUUUAUAAUUUACAGUAAAAUCACUUUUCGAUAAAAAUAUUGGAUUCUUAGGAUGCUGUCUGACUCAAAUCAUUUCAUGAUGAUAACUUAACAGGUAAAGAUAAAAGUAACAGUUAGAAUAUUAUCAGUAUUUCAGUCUCUGGGUAUUCGACCCAAUCGAAUUAGGGUAAAAUAAAUAAAAGUAUUAUAGUCAGUUUAUUAUUAUUUUAUUAUGACUGAAAAUUGGAUACUAUAUAAUAGUAGUAUUUUAGAAUCAUUUUAUAAAUCAUGAAAAACUUCAGCCCAAUCUUUAAAUACUAUUGACGUAAGUUGAUAA